AUGCUUCGCGACUUCGUAUCGCCGGAUGGCAGCUGGCGAGGGGCAUUCUCCGCACGUGGAACCUUCCCAGGCUCUGCUUCACCCUACGCAGUACUGUCUCUCCAGGACCCGGUAAUGUCGAAUGGUGAUGACGUUGGGCUUGAUGGAAAUGACAGUGUAGGAGCAUCACCGGGCUCUUGCGGAAUCUCAGAUGCACACCCAGACUUCCAAGUCGGAAUUCGCUUCUUGAAGCUGCGGGCUGCCCAUGCAGUGAGAACAGACCGGGUUGCAUCAGCGCAAUCGCGUGGUUUGUUUAUCCACAGACCGUCACGCGCACCUUUCGCGACCACGCCGCGUGUCUGGGGCACCGAGCCAGCCAUUGGGUGCAGGCGAUGGCGCAAGGCUGUAAAAGGUGGGUGCGGAUCCGGGAGCAAUUUGGGGGUUCCGGGGGCCGAUCUUCAUCAUUUGGUCUGCCGCGGCUGCGGGAAGGCAAUUCCACCUCUGCUGAAUUGGUCAGCAAAUUUCAAUUUCGAUGAUGAAGUGGGCGCAUUUGCAGCGUUUGCGGUCUUCGGCAAGCCGUCUGUGGCUGUCCGACGGACUGAACGCCGGGGCUGUUGCAGAAUACGAACAAACGAAGAAGGACGGAAUCAAACGAACAAAACACGGCCCGCAGGCGGCAGUUCGCAAAAGCCCUCGCGCGCAUCAGCAAUGCAGGCUGACCGAGGCCGCCCACGGUCCGGCCCCGAAACGGCAAGGGCGAUGCGAAUGAGGUUGGUGAAGAUACUCAGGCUGAACGGACUGCAGGGUGACUCGAGAUGCCGCGUGGUGGAUGCAGCUGCAGCGACCAGGACCGGCUCGCACCAAGCAAAAGCCACGGCGAUAUUUUUGAUGACACGGAGGCGCUUACCGGGCGUCACGCUGCAGGCUGCGUACCGCGUAAAGAGAGAUGCGAGCGUCGGCGAAGAGCCCUGGAGGGUCCCGGGGAGCGAGUGCAAGUGCGAAAGGCAUGUCGUCGUGCAGCGCUGUAGGGAGCAAGCUUCAGAGAUCGCCUGGAAAGCUUCCUUCCGGCGCCGCCCACCCAGGCACCCGCAGCUCCGCACGUCUAUUGGCUCGACGCUCGAAUUCUGCUUCACGAUGCAUUCGAGCUGCAACUGCAACUGGGUGCUGAGCCUGUCCUAUGGAGACAAGUAUUCCGCACUGCUACGUCUGAGUCGCGAAUGCGUCGUCCCGCUGCUCGCUAGCGCCCGUUUGGGGAUGCUUCUCUCUGCUUCGCACCGGCGGCGGCCUCUUGUCGCACCUCCCGCGACGGCGCGCGCUGGGCUGCUGCCCGCCGCACCAGAGGCCAAAUGCAAAGGGCCCGCGGCGGCGCAGGCGCUGUGGCAGCGUGGCAGCGUGGCAGCCGUCUGCCGCCGCCGGCGCACCUCUUAUGACUGGGUGGCCCUGCAGCAGUGCAGUGCUGUGGUCGGAGAUGAGCCCAGUGGAAAUUGGGCCUAG